GCCUGAUCCAGAUAAAAUGAAGAAUGCACAAACCAUAGAUGAUGCCAGAUCACUCAGAAGAGAGUCAUAGAGUUGGGCCGCAGGCCCACACACCUCCUAGACCGUCCCGAAUCCCUCCAUCAUCCCACAAGUGACUUGUCAUCUUGCAGGGAGUGGUGGAACGAGCGGAUGAGUGAUGGAAGUUGGCGUCAGAAGCGAGCGACGCCGGAGAUAGCGGGGAAUUAUCAGUCAGGGUUAGAAUGGAGCAGCCAAUUGAUUGAGGAGUUUGGUCCUGGGAAACGAUGGCGGAAUGGAAUGCGGAAGCUUCUUCUCGGUUUGAAUGAGUGGCUUGAGAGGAAUGGAGUUGGAAUAAAUUUUAUGACUUGUAAUGACUUGGAUGUUCUAUCGUUCCUCAGUAGUCAAUGGUUGGUGGAGAUAGAGAGCAGAUGUCGAACUACUGAUAAUGAGGGAGAACCGAUGGUUUCGCCAUCCACAGCUGAUGCCGUGAUAAAUUGCUUAAGUGGGAGCUUCCGACUCAUGGGACGAGAGGAGGGUGACGAUCCGUGUCAGAGUAGUCGAGUGAAGAUCUUUAAGAAAUCUUAUAGAGAAUAUGCGUUGAGUCGGGGAGUGGUGGAAGAAUCCGCGCGUCCACUGGAAUGGGAGAAAUUGCUGAAUGUUAUCAAGUAUGUCCGAAAUAAGGUGAAAGUUCUGAAGAAGAUGCGGGAGGCAGAGGCUUAUCGGGAUGCUGCGAUGUCCGCGCUUUUGAAGUCCUCGUCCCGUACGGCCAACCACCCGAGUGACAGAGAGACAGGCAGCGUCAGCCUCAAUCUGUGAUGGGUGAUUGGUUGUACUUAGAGACGGUGAAUCAAGUUGAACAAGGUCUGAAUAAUGAAAUGAUGAUGAUAAG